GAAAUAGAUCAUUGAAAUAAAUGAAUAGAAAUUGAUAUAAAUCCAGAGGAAGACUAUAUGGAAGGAGUUGUCUAUCAAGUUGUUUGUAUAGAAAUUAACUAGAAAAAAGGGUGUAUGUUUCCGGUCGAUUACAAGAACAUGAAAUGAUAUAUGUACACAAAUCAUUGGAUGUAAGGUGAGAUUUAAAUUAUUGAACCUUCUUUUUUCUCUCCCUAAUUAGUUUAAAAACAUGAAUUAAUGAAAUCAACUAAAAUCUAAAAUGAAAGUUGUCUUGUUUUCCUCUAUCGGUUUUUAUAUAUUAAGAUAUAAAGGAACAAUAAUUUAUUCAUGUUUCAAUUUUUUUUCAUUUUACCUUAAAGAUAACAUGUUGAAUUGUUUUAAUUUGCACCAAGGUCAUUCAAAUGACCUGAGAGUUUAUGUUUAGGAUUGUUUUGUUUUUUUUCUAGAAAGUUGUUUCAUACACAGGAGAUGAUUUCGAAGAAUAAUACAUUAUGAUAUUGACAAACCAUUGUAAUAGGAAAGAAUCAUACUUAAUUCAGAUUUUUUUAUAAUGUCAUUUCUCUAAAUAGACGUUAAGAUAUUGUUUUAGGGACAUGUAUUAGUUGUGAAAAAAAAUAGUUUUUUUUCAUCCAGAAAUAUGCCAAAACCAACCCUUGAGUUAAAUAUGAUAUAGUUCAAAAGAAAAUUUGCUUCUUAUACUUGCGCUUCAAAGGAGAUGUAAUCACUGAAAUAAUUAAUCACAGGAUGAAUUCCUCGUUGAAGGUAACUUACCCAUCAGCAAAAUUAACGAUGCUAUGGGAAACAAACUGCUCGCUCAAACAAACUAAAAUUGACAGGUCCUAUUUUUUUUAGUAGCUCUAACUGUAUUUACCAAUUUACAUGUACGUGCCAAAGCACAUACAUUGAAAGAACCAAGAGAAAAGUAUAUGUUAGCAUUUCCAAGUAUGUUCCAAAGAAAUUGAAACUGAGAAGGCCAAGGGCUCUCAACAGUGCAAUAGCUCGGCAUUUACUUGACACUGGGCACACCGUUGACAUUCCUCAAGCUUUUGAAAUUAUUAGCAGACAAAGAAGUAUUGCUUCUCUUCUGUUUGCUGAAUCGAUUGAGUUUACCAACAGUGAUCAGUCGAGGAGUGAUUAUUUCAUAGUUAAUCUAAUUGAAUUAUGCUCUGAAUAUUGUGAGCUCAGACUCUUGGAGCAGUAAAUGUUAUUCUUAGGUUAAAAAUACUAAACGAAAAUAUUUGUUCUAGAGAUACCAGGAAUCUAUUUCAUUUAACAUCAGAUUUCAUACACAAACUCUCAGAUUUCUUAGCUUAAAAGACGAUGUAUUCACGAAACACAACAAAAGUGAACAUGAAUUUUUACCAGUUUUACAAAUUUUGAUCAGUUUUGAUAACAGUUUAGCAAAUAUAUAUUAUGUAUCAUUAAGUGAAAUUGAUUCGUAAAAGUUUCAUUAUUAUAUUUUACAGACAAUGACCUAGUCCACGAAUUAAGGUUGUAUACGAGCUUUGUUUUACAGUGGAACACAUUGAACAAUUUUAGCUAGUGAUAAUCACAUGAUAUUCUCUUUUUAAAAUAUGUUAUAUUGUUUAUUUAUAUCACUUCUGAUAAUCAACAAUCCAGUAACUGGUUAAUAUUAAAGUAUUAAUUAAGGAUAAUCUACCUGGUCAAUAAAAGUCCAACUUGAAAAUCAUAAUAACGAAAAUAAUAAUUCAUAGGACUGUGUUGUGAGAUGGUGUAUUAAAAAUGUGUAACAUAAUGAAAUUUGAAUUAUAUUGAUGAUAGUUAAGAUUAAAUAAGUUAUAAUGACUGGAAAUAAACUCAAGUCCAGUUCGUAAUUUUUACGGACUACUUAGCGACUAACCAGAAUGAAGUGGGGAUUACCAAUUCCGCCACCUUUGUAAGCAAUGGCAGUUAGCUUAGCUCGUUGUUUUUUUGGGUUUUUGGUGUUGCUACAAAACUUAAUAUUUUAGUGUUCUGAAAUCCCUCAAUUUGUGUGAUACUUUUAGUGUUGAUGCCAAUUUUUUUUAAUCAGUUUUGUUUUCAUGGCUUUUGCCAAUGCUACUCAGGUCGGUGCACUCUUUCAGGCGUGCUUACGUGCAUUAUAUGAUAAAAUGUUAAUGCGUUUUGUCUUGAGUAUUAUUUCGUAGAUAUCAGAAACCAGAGUAAGCUGCUUUUUACUGUCCUCAUGUUUGUUCAUAUCUAUCAUUUAUGAUUUUAUCAAGAGCGAUCAAAGGAAAUGUACUCUAGUGUUAUUUUCUUCAGUAUUAUGAAUAAUCCUAUCCCAUCAACAAGUCGAACUAGUACUGAGCGUCUAGUUGUUGUGGAAACCAGUGAUGUUUUCGAAAGGAUUAUGAGACCCAACUUUCCUAUUCGAGUUAUUUUUGGAUGACCUUGCAGUUCAAGUAGUUCGUAUAUCCUCGAAAACUCGAUUUCGAUAACACUCAUUGCCGCCAUAUAACUAUUUCUCACAAAGCAAGUCCACUUAUUCUUUUAAAAUUGGUGAUGUAGUCUUACUGCUAAGCUAAUAUCCCUAUUCUGUAUUUUAGGCAAUCGAUGAGAGCAAGUCACGACAUAUGCAUCUGCCGUAUAUUGCCAUUUUACUCCAACUUUUACCUGUCAUGUCUUAUUCUUUUCAAAAUAAAGAAAUGGAUCAAAUCAUGCGAAACAUUCAAACCAGUUAUAUUGAUUGAUUGGUCAUUGAGUGUUACUGUUAAUUCAUUUUGUCAUAAUAUUGGUAGAAAGCAAAACAAAUAUCAAAAUAAUUCGGAAGACUCUCGGCUUUUACCAGCAGCUACUAGUUUACAAGUGAAUAACAAUUAA